CAUGGGUGCGUUUGUUGUGUGUUGGCUUCCUUUCUUUCUGCUUUACGUCAUAAAACCAUUCUGCCUCAACUGCCAAAUACCCAAGGCUCUUGAUCGCUUCGUUCUCUGGUUAGGCUACCUAAACAGCCUCCUCAAUCCCAUCAUUUAUAUCUGCUGCAAGCCAUUGUUCAGAGUGACAUUCAAACGUAUACUGCUCUUUACAUACUGCAGGAGAAAGGGAGACUGGAAACUUGGCAAACCAGUACAGAGAGGCAUCCUUGUCAACUCAUCCCAUCAAAAUCGGCCCAACUCUUCAUCGGAUGGACCGAGUGGAGGACGACGAAAGCGGCCCGGCCGAGUUAUGUUUGCCGAUUGUCCUAGGGGCGAACUUUACGAUGAGAAGGAUCAGUCUCUUUCUCGCACACCUACACUGCCGCCAGAGAGGAAUAGUGAUGGAAUAGUCACUUACCGAAAUCUUCCAACUAGAGAAAACGAGAGACUGAACAAAAGAAAUGGGUCAUAUGACCACCAGCUUUAUAAUGCCAACUCGAAUAACAAUUGCCUGUAUGCUCAAAACAAGGGUAAAGGCAAAGUUGGCAACUUCGCCACAACGAGCUCUUCAAUUCCGCCACAGUUCAGAAAGGGCGAUUCAGACCAUAGCAGCAGUGGCUCAGCAAAUGACGUUAGUGGAUCGAAGCUCUGUUGUGCAGGCUCGAGGAGCCGAUCAUCGGACAAUAUUGAAUCCAUGCGUAACCAUGGCAGUGGUAGCCAGAGAAGGUCUCAGGUUGUUGAAGUCGAGAUUGCAAGAGAAGUCAGAGACUACUGUGGUGCAGAACAUUACCCGUGUCAAAGUGGAACGAUGGAGGUGUUCUCCACCAGGACGACAGGAAUUCAUUCUGAUAGUAUGAACCGAGAUGAAAUUGAAGUCGACGGUGACUCGAGAGUGGUGGAGACCGAUCAAACAGGGCCAGAGACUUUGAAUGAGUGCCAUGACAGGCCUGAGGAAGCGGUGUCUUCAAAACACGAUUUCAACGUUUUCCGCGAAGUACUUGUUUGAUUUUUGUUAUCAAUGUAUGGUGUUUUUAU